GAGCAUCGUUCAAAGCCCCUAUCAUUAUGUCGAGAGCAAUUAUCUGAAUGAAUGUCGUAAAUAAAAUAAAGUGAAAUAAUCUCAGUGAAGAUUGAAUUUAUUGUCACAACUUAAUUUUCAACUUCGCACUUGGAUAAACCGAUUUCACGAGAAAUUUUGGAUAUGUGUGAUUGUGUGAACAUUUACCGAUUGCUCUUCAUUGCUUAAUUACUCUGAGAGAAGCCGUGAGAAUAGUCGUCAAAAAUAAUUCGUAUCGAGAGCUGAAUAAUGUGAACUUCGAGCAAUAAAUCAAAAUUGUUGUUAUUGGCUUAAAUUCAGAAUUUAAAAGUUGAAUAAACGAGAGGACAAAGCCACCGAGAGGGCGAAGACAUUGGCAAAUCACUCAACCACGAGACGUGACUAUGACUCGAUCAUCGUCGCGUUAAUUCUCAUGAUCCUGGAGUGCGGUGCCCUUUGGCAUUUAUCCAAAGAUUCAGCACAGAGACGAUGAUGGCAGAAUGACGAGGCUUGUUGACAAAAAAAAAGUGAGACUGCUUAAACUUCCUGGAAGAAAGUUCAAAGACAUUCGCAACAAUGAGUAAUCUAUCCAAGAAAUCCAUCAGUGGAUCCAUCCACAGAAUCCGUGAAUUCGAGUUGGAAAAGGUGAAUCUUGCCGAGGAGUUUGAUAUACUACAAAUUGUCGGUGAAGGAUGGUUCGGAAAGAUAUUGCUUACAGAGCAUAAAAGCACACAGACAGAAAUGGUUCUAAAAGCAUUGCCAAAAGCCUACACAGCUAUCACUGAUUUCUAUCGAGAGUUUCAUUAUGGUUUACAUCUGUCAGCUCAUCGAAAUAUCAUCACUACUUAUGAUGUUGCCUUUGAGACAGCUGGAUUCUACGUUUUUAGUCAGGAAUAUGCACCACUCGGUGAUCUAACUGCUAAUGUUUCGGAGACUGGUCUUGGUGAGCUUCAUGCAAAACGAGUUGCAAGACAGCUGGCGGCUGCUAUUCAUCACAUCCACAGUCGUGAUCUUGUUCACCGGGAUAUUAAACUAGAUAAUGUGCUUGUGUUCAAAAGUGAUUUCUCGAGGAUCAAAUUGUGCGACUUUGGAGAGACAAGGAAGGUCAAUAGUAUCGUUAGGAGACAUAAUGAAUGGCUGCCUUAUUCACCUCCUGAAGUGCUCAAGGUUGAGCCGGAAGAGAAUUACAAAGCCCUCAUGGCCCACGAUGUAUGGCAAUUCGGUAUUGUUCUGUUUGUUUGUCUGACCGGAUGCCUACCAUGGCAGAAAGCUGCCCUAGAUGAUAGGAGAUACACCAGGUACCUGAAUUGGCACUCGGCCACACUGAAAAUUGCGAAGAAACCAAAGUUGUUUCAGCUCAUCAGUUCGAGGGCACAAACGAUGUUCUCCAGAUUGCUGGAGCCAAAAUUGGAAAAACGCCCAGUGAGUGUGCUGGAGAUCAACAAAUACGUUGAUGACCGGUGGCUCGGUAAAUUGGGUGCUGAGAAAGCAUUGAACGGUGGUGCAGACGAGAGAGACGAACUCUGUCCCUCAAUGUACAGUUUUCACAGUUCCCUAGAAGAGAAGAAUCAGCUUCUCUACACCCUAACCCGCUAUGGAAUUGAAACGACAGUCGACAGAGCCAAGAAGAAGGACAGAAUUCGCGAGUGGAUUCAAGCAAGUGCCAUUGCCGAAGAGAACGAGGAUGACGACUCAAUCCUUGAGGAACUUGAGAAACUCCACGAGAAUUCAGAAGACGACGAGGCAAAUAUGAAAGGCAGACACUUCCCCGAGAGGCGGCCCAGUGUGAAAAGCUCAACACCAGACAGGCCGAUCUCAAGUGCCCAAGUGAAACCCAAGGAGAAGAAUGGAACUGCGGAUAAACGACACAGAAAAUCUAAAUCCACCCAUCGACCCUCCCUCAAAAACCUCGAGAGGCGAAAUCCUUUUGCACCUCAAGUUGCCAGGGAGAUGCAGACAAUAGCGAGAUUUUCAAGUUUUCCAAAUGGCGAUCCUAAUUUCGGCAUCAACACCAGUCACUCCUUGCCAUCAUUGCCUGCAGGACUGAAAGGAGAAGACCUGCAGCCGCUGAGACAAGCAGGACCUCUAAAGCCAAUAGGGCCAGUGCAGAAGGCAGCAUCAUUCACUCAGAUGCUGUCCAACGAGGAUCAAAGACAUGACACAACCCCCUCAGUAUCGAACAGAGGCACGAGUGCCUCAAAUUCCUUUGAUAAUAUUCCCACUCCCAUCAAUUCCACCCCAGAGUCCUCAAGGAUUGAGAUCAACGGUAGUAAACCAGGUGAACCUGACCAAGCUGUCAACAAUUAUCAUCGGAAUAUCCCCCAAAGCCCCUUGCCCCCAACGAGGAGAAACAAAGCACAAUCCCCUGCACAUGUAGCCUCACAAAGUCCGAAAAUGUCCCCCCACGUCGAGAGGAGCAUCGGUGGGAGUAAAAAUACCCCCAAUCAGGCUCUCCCAAUGUCUCUUUUUGCUGGACAAUUAGUCAUGCAGAGCUUCAAGACAAUUCAGGGCGUGACUCAACACGCAUCUAAACCAGUUGCCUCUAGUUAUAAUAAGAAGGAGGGUGGGAGGCAAGAGGAACACGGUACAGUGUACGGAAAAGACGCUUAUGAACAUUAUGGAGUGGCUCAGGGGGCCAUCAUCAGGCCCCAGUUUCAUAGGAACGGAGGAUCUCCAGGCAGUAGCCGAUCAGUUAGCAAUUGAUUUUUAUUUACGAAGUGAUUUAAUCGAAGUGGGACCAGACAGUGAUGAUCCAUUAAUUCGUGAUUUUUUAAUUGAAACGCAAACUUUUACGAAAAUUGAGGACAAUUUCAGUUAUAUUAUUUGCGGGGUAUUUAGUCGGUAUUUUCAAAUGUUAAAUGUUAAUGUAAAUUUUCAUUCUAGUCGAUUUUCACGGAGUGAGUUAUUAAAUUUGUUUUGGAAAUAA